GUGCAGAAAUAAUCAUCAGCAGUGGCGCACCCCAGUUUAAAACACCCUUUUUCCUCCACGGACAACUCGGGAGGGAACCACAGACUCACACUCACCAUGAAGACCAUCAGGCUGCUUCUUGUCAUCCUAGCAUCAGUGCAAGGCUUCACUCCAGUGUCAGCAGAUGAAACAAGCGACAAGCAGGAAGGAGCGACAACAAGCCACCACACGCCUGUAGCACCUGCAGCACCAGGAUUACAACUUGCAACAGCACAACCGGCACCUGCAGCACCGGGACCUGCAACAACAAAACCUGCAACAGCAGCACCAGGACCUGCAGCACCGGGACCUGCAACAACAAAACCUGCAACAGCAGCACCAGGACCUGCAGCACCGGGACCUGCAACAACAAAACCUGCAACAGCAGCACCGGGACCUGCAGCACCGGGACCUGCAACAACAAAACCUGCAACCGCAGCACCAGGACCUGCAGCACCGGGACCUGCAACCACAAAACCUAGAGCAUCAGAAGCUACACCAGAACUUGGAACGCCGCAUUCUGCUGCACCACCACCAACAACAGCAGCAGCACCAGCAGUGACAGGACGAGCUACACAUCCUCCACAAGCUAAAAACACUCCCUCAGCAAAAACGGAGGUGCCACUCCCGGCGACGGAGAAGACACGCCCACCAAACCCCCAAAAAGACUCCAACAUGACUCAUGGGCUAAACGACACCACGGUUCCUACGCAGCGCGGCAAAGGGACCAGCCUGACAACAGAGAAGAGCCACGGUCCUCAGCAGGGCAGCAAGGAGCCCGCCAAAGCAGCGACUGACAAAAGGCUUUGGUGGAUUUUGCUGCCUAUCCUGUUGGUUGGCGCCGCCGCUGUCAUCGUCCUCAAGUUCAAAUGCAAGAAGGUCCACGACCACACAGAGACUAUGGACACCGGAACCGAGAACGCAUCUUUCCAGAGCCGCCCGGAAAGCACCAAAGAUGGCGUCAUGCUCCUCGGCGUGAAGUCAUCAGUGGGCGAAGAAAACGCUGCAAGAUAAAACAGAGUGGCCGCAUGAAGACGAAGUGGAUCUGCCUCCCGGUCAUUGUCUCAAGUACAUUUCUUCAUGUUUAUGAUGUAAGAAAUGGUAUAAGGUGGAUUUUUUUUAUAAGAAUUUUAACGCAAUGAGGUGAAGUGAAAUAGAAUGGAGCUUUUAUUGUUAUUAGUCUGAAAACAACGCCCAGCCAAAGUUGUUAAAACCAUGAAGCUGUGGAUUUAUUUCAUUAUGUGUUCAAGGACAUCAUUAAAUAAUGCUUCUCUAAUCGGAGGUGUCCAAACCUUUUCCACCGAAGGCCUUUAUACAGAAAAAUUUAAGGGUGGGGGGGGACCUCUUUUUUUUUAUAUAAUGAGGCUGAAACCAACCAAGUGUGGCUAUCUCAUGAAAACAUCUGAGCUUUGUGUUAUAGGUGACAAAGCAAAUAAGUGUUAUAUCUCAAUAAUGCAUUAGAUUUUUUACAAUAUACCAAGGUGCAUAAAAAUCUAGCUGUUGGUCAAAAAUGGCCCCUGGCCUCCACUUUGGACACCACUGAAUUACAACAUUAUUUAAUCCUAAACAAGGGGGUAUUCCAGAAAGCAGGUUAAGUGAAAACUUUGAGUAUGUAAGACCUGAAAUGAAGGAAAUGCUGGGUUUUCUGUUCCAAAAAAGAGAGGUGAGUGAAAGUCUUAGGCAGGCUCGCCUGCUUGCUAGCUGGUUUUCUUGGACAAACCCUGGGGUGUUUUUUUCGUGUCUCCUCCCUCUUGAUCAACCCGAAGAAAUCUGUCAGACAUGAAGGCUCUGUUCCUUUGUAACCAGUUGAUGUUAAAACAAAAUUAAUUCUUGAAGCCUGAUGUUGGGGGAGGAUUUUAAGGGCCAUGGUUAGUUGGAUAUACAGUACUAAUGUUUUUUAAGACUUAGUUGUUGUCAAGAUUUAAAUUAAAAAGUAUUAACUAACGUGAACUAAAUUAAUUAUUAAUUGCAAUAGCAAAAUAACCUGCCAACAAGAGCUGACAUUUUAGAUUAUUUCAAGAAGUAUAUCUCAGAUUUUAGUACAUAAUAUUUAUGUUAAGCAAUAAAGAAUAAAUAUACAUGUAAACGUGUGUGUGUGUGUAUUCAUUGAUAUAUGUGUAUAUAUAUAUAUAUAUAUAU